AUGAACACCGACGCAAUAAUCGCCGACGUCGAGGCUGCGCUCCAUCGUCUCUUGGACCCAUCCACCUCUUCCACUGACAAGAUUCAGCUCGAGCAGCAACUCACAAAUUUUAAAGAGACACCCGAUGCCUGUGUACCUGUACUAUUCCAGCUGCUACGUACCUCUCAAAACGAAUAUUCGCUUUGGUUUGCAGCUACUACUUUGGAAGAAUAUGUGGCUAAAAAAUGGGUUCAUUUCCCCAUUUCCGAGCAAGUAACCAUUCGCCAUUUUGUGUGGGAUUUCCUCCAAUCAGCGUCGUCUGUGCCCGCUUUUGUCCACCGUAAAUUGCGAAAAGUAGUGGCCGAUAUUGCAAUAAUACAAUGGAACGACACGACACAAUUAUGGCCCAAUUUUAUCACCCAAUUGGAAUCUCUUAUAACUGAGGAACGAUCUCGUGAAAAUGGACUCAAACUCUUGAAUGUUGUAGUGGAUGAAUUUGGACGAGAUGAUACGACCAUUUUUGCAACAAUAAAACGGCAAGCCAAAACAAAAUUGAUCCGAGAAUUACCAACCAUUUUGAACCUAUUAGCCAAUAUAUUGCAAAAAUGUAGCCAUGAUCUUCAAUCAAGGGAACAACAUUUGGUCAUGACACAAGAUCACGUGGCGAAUGUUGCAUUGACGACAUUAACUAAUUUAAUUUCCUGGACACCAGUGGUAGAUCAUGUGACGAACUCGUGGCUUUCAUUGCUAUUUGAAUUGGUGAGGAAUUGGGAAAAUGGCUACACUUUACACAUGUGUGUGUCGAGUGCAACGGCAUUGCAAUGUCUAACGGAAUUAAUGAGCAAAAGGUUUGAACCAUCACAAGUGGAUGAGAUUGUAGCGCAAGUGAUGGUUGGAUUGUGUCCAUUGUUGCAAAAGGUAGUAGAGGAUCAAGUGAUUGGCAAAGCGACAGAGCAAUUCUUGGACAAGUUGAGCGCGUUUGUGGAAGUCUUUUUGACGCAACACUUGAAGAGAUUAGAGAAUUCCAAGUAUAGAGAAAUUUUGCCUUCAUUUUUGGAGUCAGUCUAUGCUUUGACGACGAAACAGCCACACGUUGAAGGAUUUCUCAAUUGUCUGAGCAUCUGGGAGGUGUUUGUGUCAUAUCUUGAAGAGGUAGCGCAGAAUGAAAGUGCAGUAAAUGAACGUACGAGAACAGUUUUGACGGCUUAUGAGAAAGGCCUAGUUGCCGUGAUGCUCCAUCUUGUGGAGCGUGUGGGGUACGAGUCGAACCGAAAUCAGUUGGACGAGCUAGACGACGGAGAUGAUGCAGGAACACAUGGUGAUCACGAAGAUGCGGACAACAGUGCAGCUUUUGAUUUGGAAAGUACGGACGCAGUGUAUGGUAUAGCUUCGUUGCAGGACCUGGCGCAAAUUAAAACGCAUGUUGCAAGUGGAAAUACUUCUGGAGGAGCAGCAACGAUAGUGGAGCUUUCAGAGAGGAAGCAGUUUAUUGUGGAUUGCAUUGCACUCAUUCGACGAAUUGCGGCCCUAGCUUCUUGUGCGCCUCCACUACUGGAGCACAUGCUGCCUCGUGUUCAAGAUGCUGCGCAGAAGGUGCUGUUCCACAUCCACGAGAUUCCUGUGAUCGAUCAGCAAUCUGAUCAGUGGCAACAGCAGCGAUGCGUUAUUCGCGACUUCACGGCUAAUUGUGCAAUUCUCUCCAGUGUCUGUGCUUACUAUUACAGCGUUAGCAACGACAUGAACCAACAAAUGGCAGGCUGGCAGAUCCUGCACAUGUUUGUCAAAAUGUCUGAAUACAUGGCGCAGCACAGACUGCACACUCGGGGCGAUGCCUUUGCCGAGUUGCAGUGUGAAGCACUCACGAGCAUCAGGUGUUGCUUGAGUUGCAUCCCAUUCGUGAUCAAGAGUGGUGCAAGACAGGACGUGCUAAAUGCUUCGGAGAGUGUUAUUCAGGUAAUUCUCCAGACACUUGAUACGAGCAUUGUGCCAUCUCCUUUACCGGUCAUGCAAAACUCGAUGCAGCUUCUUGCAAACCUCGGUUUCGUAUUGUCAUACGAAGAUAUGGUCCAGAUCCCGUCCAUGACCCAACUUGAGGCACACGUUCAUCAGUUCAGUUUGCAUUUACCGCUGGCGAUUCAGGGUGGUCUUUACACAUCGAUGUCUAACUCCAUUCUAGAUUCCGCGAUUUCACUACGAGGCAGCAGUGGUGCUGCAGAUGGAUCUUCUCAGCAGUGGGAGAAUGGGUAUGGGUCAUUGUUGGUUCCAAUUCGUGAGUCCAUCAACCAGUCCGCUUUGGCGUUGCAUCAGAAUGAGCAGCGCGUCCUCGAGCAUGCUAUGGUUGCUCAGCUGAGGCGGGACUGCUACUUAGUGCGCUGCCUCGCUCGCUCGGUUGAAACAAAGCCGAAGGUGGCUAAGGACGCAUUCUUUUCUGUCUUUCAGUCAACGCUACCGUCGUUGAUGGCAUUGCUGACGACUUACUUUACAACCAUUCGCAAAAUGGCGGCUUCAAGUACGCCUCAGUCGAAUAAUCAGAUCAAGAGUGCACUAAAAGUAGUGAACGAAAUUGUGCGUGUGUACGCUCAGUUGCUCAAGUCUGUUCGCAAGGAGAUGCAAAAGGAGAAUGUGUCAGCGGUCAUGCGGACGUUCGUGGAGAUCUUCAAUGACUCGCAACUUUCCGGAGUACUUUAUAGCCAAGGAAAUGCAGGACUGAUGGUUCUCUGCGGCUUUUUGCAGCUACUGAAGAUUGUCGUUGAGGAACCGACAUCUGUCUUUUCCUCGUUCUUGCACAACAUCCUUGACUUGUGUUUCGGGCCGCUUAAAGAGCCGAUCUUUUCCCAUCCGGAAAGUGAUUUCGUCAUCCUAAGCUAUUUUGUGGCAUUGGUUGAGCAGUUGCUGGAGAAACACUACCGCUUCUUUAUUGUGUAUUCCGGUCAGUUUACUCCUGAUGGCGCCCGCGAACGCAAUUACGCGUCCGACCAAGCGCACACGUACUUCCUGUCAAUUUUUCAAAGUCUAGCAAGUGUAUUGAGCCGAGAAGGUUCGAAUCUGGCUCCGCGGCUGUGUAAGCAAGUACUUGGGCUGCUGGACCGGGUUGACAAGGCACAGGGGUUGUUUGCUUUCACAGGAUUCCAAAGUGAAUUGCGUAUGGGAUUCCUUUCAACGCUCAUGAAUCUCCUGACGCGUGGCGAGAUGAAUCUGCUUCAAGACGAGGUCAUUCAGCUGCUGUACCGUGUUGCAGCUGUGGACUUUGCGUCUUUCUACCAGGUUUUCCUGCUCGGCUACAUCAAAGAGAUUCUUACGCCGCCGCAGCUUGAGGCAGCGUCAAAGAUGGAAGGCGAGUGCUUGCAGUGGAGUGGCCAGGUAGAUUUUCCUACAUUUUCGCAGGAGGUGGUGGCCUUUUUGAACGAUCUGAAGGUGAUUAAAGCACAAAAUUAA